UGUAUUCUGGGAACACACAGUAGUUUCAAGAUGGCGGCGAGCAGGAGGCUGGCCAAGGAACUUGACGAGAUUCGCAAGUCUGGAAUGAAAAACUUCAGAAACAUUCAAGUUGAGGAAUCAAACCUAUUGUCAUGGCAAGGGCUCAUUGUUCCUGACAACCCUCCUUAUGACAAAGGUGCGUUCAGAAUCGAAAUCAUUUUCCCCACCGAGUACCCUUUCAAGCCUCCCAAGAUCACAUUCAAAACAAAGAUCUAUCACCCCAACAUUGAUGAGAAGGGCCAGGUGUGCUUGCCUGUGAUCAGUGCAGAGAACUGGAAGCCUGCCACCAAAACUGACCAAGUAAUUCAGUCCCUCAUUGCGCUGGUGAACGACCCCCAGCCGGAGCAUCCCCUUCGGGCAGACCUAGCAGAAGAAUACUCAAAGGACCGUAAAAAAUUCUUGAAGAACGCUGAAGAGUUUACAAAGAAACACGGUGAAAAGCGGCCAAUGGACUGAUCACCUGACGAGUGUGUAGCCCUCUCUCAGUCUCUUUCUCCCCCUCUACUCCUAUCUCACCUGCCCGACAAAAUACCGAUCAUCCUCCCGCCUCCCUGCUCCCCCACACCUCAUCACCUUCCUUGCUCACUUUCCUACCCCCUUCUCCCCCACACCGGUCCUCCCUACAGUCCAGGAGCCGCCCAGCUGAAGCCAGGCAGCGGCAGCCUCAGCCUCCCUCCCCAUCCAGGACUCUCUGUGGAUCAGACAGCUUCCUCCCUCUCCUCUUACUACUGCUCCUCCUCCUCGGCCAUAAAUCUCCAGACCGUUUCUAACUUUCUACUCUUUUCUUAAUGUGAAAAAAUGGAAACAGAAAUGCUAAGGGAACAUGAUGUUCAGAUGAGGAAUUAGAUGGAAAUACUGAGUGAUGUGUUAGUUUUCUGUUUUUCUUUUCCUCUACAUAAACAUUUUUUGUGUUAAAUAUAUCUCACUUAGGCACGGUUUUUCUGAAAUAUUUUAUUUUUUGCAGAGCAGGAAAACUGAUUUGAUUUUUUCCCCCCUCUGGCCCAGCAUCAAUUACCAUUUAGGCUAAAAACAAACAUGACCAAAAGAAGAAAAGCUGUAGGUAGGACCUGGAGGUGUGUGCCGAUGGAAAUGUUUCCCUUACUCACCUCCACUGCUUCUAGACUUGCACUGUACUUAAUGGGACAAUCCCUCCCACAUCUUCUUCCCCACAGUUUGUAACACACUGAGCAGAAACAAACCAUGGCAGGCCACACAAUAAUUUAAUUAUUGCUGAAAAUAAUACAGAAUGAGUGUUAAAGAAAAGAAAAUUAGUUUGCAAACAUUCAAAACAUGCAGUUUUUAGCAGGCCCUCAUGGACUAUGCUGUUAAAACAGUUUUUUAGCAUGACAAAUGGCUAUUGUGAUUUUUUCCCCCCUUCCUUAUUAUUUUCUUUCUCCACAUGAAAUUUUUUUGAUUGGAAUUGACAUUUAAAAUUUGCGAAUGUGAACCUUAAUUUGACUCUCCUCUCCCACUAUUGGGCAUCCCAAUAUUACCACCUAUCACAUUAGAAACAGAGCCCUUUACCAAACUGAGACAUAUUCCAGCGGCAGAUGGACUGUCAGCUGCCCAGCUGAAAGGGACUUAACUCGUUGGGAGGGGGGGAAGGAGAAGCUGGAGAAGGAUGCACUCAGCUGGAAUGAAGCUCAGCUCCUGGAGGCGGUCCAAGAAACAAGCACCUUGAAGGCAGCUGGGAGAGGGCUGGCUGUCCGGGGAUGUGUCAGGACACGGAAAGGGACUGCAGUGGCCAAAAAACCACCAUGUAACAGCUGUUUGAUCUGGUCCCAAUAUUGUUUCAUAAUAAAGAUGGCUAACCAUUUGGCCUCACUGUC